UCAUUCGCAGUUGUUUUAGCCUCUAGGUCUGCUAGAUUCGCUGGUUUUCUUAAAUUUUGUCAUUUGUGUGUAACUCAUAGCUGUAUUAAAGUUUACGAUUAAUUAUAUUUAAUACUAGUCAAGUUUAUCGUUAAGUAGUAACGAUAAUAUUAUCACGUAGUUCUUCCGAAGUAAUUAAAUAAACGAAUCAAAGUGCCUAACAUUUUACUAGCUUUUGUUUUCUAAUAAUUAUUACGUUUCGUUUGUUAUCGGCUAGUGUUUUGUGAUUUUGCGCGGGUCUUGCGAUGGUCCGAGCUGUUUUCUAGCAUCGUCCAGUCCCAUAAAGAAAUUUGGCGGACCACCGACGUCUUCUGGUCUGAUGCAUGAGGUCACGAGGGUGGUGCGGUGUACGCAUGGAAGCCCGGCGUGGUGGUAAUUCCGCGCUGCAGCCGCUGCGCGCGCAGUUCCGCCGCGCUCUGCCGGAAUGGACCGCGCGCGCCUCUCGCCGCCGCCGCAGCUCGCGGACCGUCGGCCGCUCCAAGGAGGACCCCGCGAAACCCAACACGCAGCCGCGACGUCGGCACCGGACGCCUUAAGCGACCGCACGCUGCCCUCCAUCCCUGAGUCGGAGCCGUUGCUCCAGACCUUACCAGUCGUUGACAAUGCCGGCCGCAAGCAUAAUGGUCGCGCGCUUCACGUGCAGUUCGAUGCGCAGUCGCCGCCCGCCGCCAUCUCCGUCUCCAGCUCCAGCUCGAGCUCGUCAGACGAUGAGGACUUGUCGAUCGCGGAGGCGCGCCCCCCCGACGGAGGUUGGGGCUGGGUGGUCGUGUUCGCCUCCUUCAUGGUCAAUCUUAUUGCCGACGGGAUCACUUUUAGUUUCGGCGUGUUCUACCCACAUUUCCUCGAGUACUUUGGCGAGGGUAAAGGCAAGACGGCCUGGAUCGCCGGCAUCUUCAUGGCAAUGCCGUUGCUCUCUGGGCCCAUUGCGAGCUUUUUAACGGAUAGAUACGGAUGCCGGAGAAUGACGAUAUUCGGUUCGCUGCUCGCGGCUGCGGGCUUUGUUAUAUCAGCCUUUGUAGAUAAUAUGGAGACGCUAUUCCUGACGUUCGGUAUCAUGGCCGGCUUCGGACUGAGCCUGUGUUACGUGGCCGCGGUUGUGAUAGUCGCGUAUUAUUUUGAAAAGAAACGCUCGCUGGCGACAGGCAUAUCUGUAUGCGGGAGUGGUAUAGGAACAUUCAUAUUCGCGCCAUUAACCUACGUACUGCUGGACGAGUACGGAUGGCGCGGAACUACAUUAAUAUUAGCUGGUCUAUUCCUAAAUAUGGCUGUGUGCGGAUUGUUAUUCCGUGACCUUCCGUGGACGGCGACGAUGAACGAAGAGAAAGCUAAAGAAAGGAAAAGGAGACGAGAGAGAAAACGCAACAAGCGGUUCGGUUCCUCAGCCGAUAGUUUCUCCGACAGCAAGAGUAGCGCUGCGGGAUCAACGAAGGUCGCAGACUCGGCCGACAUAGAGACGGUCACUUCACCGAUGGUGCCACAAUUUAGUUCCUUAGUAGAUUUACCAACAUUCAUGACCGGAGGAGAAGGUGUUUCCCUCGAAGUUUUCGAAAUGAUGUCGAACAGGGGUAGAGCGUACGCGAUACUCGCCCAAAAUUACCCCGGAGUGAUGCUACCUUCAAGGAGUUUUAGUGAUAGUGGUAGGUUACACGAACAGUCUCCGCCUAGAGCCAUGAUGUCGCCUGGAGCCGCGUCUCCAGGGGCGUUGUCGCCAACAUCAGUGCCGCGAGCCCCGGUGUCAGGAGAAACCACCUCAGCUCCGUUGAACGAUAAAGCAGCGUUGUCUUUGUGGUUGCGAAGGCAAGCCACAGCCACUAAGAAACCCCCAGCGUUCCUCAAAGACCUGAGGGUUCAUAGACAUUCGCUGACGUACAGAGGCGCGAUGCUGAACAUCAACAGAUAUAGGUUGAGAGCCUCGUCCUGUCCCAACAUCUUCAGGAAUUCCAUGACAACCAUUGCUAAAGAGAAAGUGCAAUGGUACGCCGGCCUCUGGGACUUCUGGGACCUCGCUGUCGACGUUCUGGACUUUUCCCAUCUUCUGAACCCUGCGUUCCUGGUCUUCACCAUAUCCAACUUCCUCCUGUACAUGUGGUACGACGUGCCGUACGUGUACAUCGCUGACAAUGGACUGUCCAUGGGCUUCAACGAGUCACAGUCUUCGAUGCUGAUAUCCAUCAUAGGGAUCCUGAACAUGUUUGGAGAGAUAAUCCUGGGCUGGGUGGGCGACUGGAAGUGCGUGAGCCCGACCAUGGUGUACGCGCUGUGCAUGGUGCUGUGCGGCUGCGUGACGACGCUGAUGCCGCUGCUGCGCUCGUACGCGGGGCUGGCGGCGGCGGGCGGCGCGUUCGGCGCCUUCAUCGCCGCCAACUACUCGCUCACCAGCAUCAUCCUCGUCGAGCUCAUCAGCCUCGAGAACUUCACCAACGCGUACGGCCUGCUGCUGCUCAUACAGGGCGUGGCCAACCUGAUCGGACCGCCGCUUGCCGGCUGGGUGUACGACAUGACGGACUCGUACGACUUGUCGUUCUACCUCGCGGGAGUGUUCAUCGGCCUCUCGGGCGUCAUCCUGUUCAUACUGCCGAUCCGCGCAUGCGUCGACAAGCGGAAGAAAAAACCAGAACAGAACGCGAAUGGACAAGUCAAACAGAAUGGUAAAUUACCCGUCUAGAUUCUAGACCACACUCUCUGGAUAUGACGAAUAUUGGUUUAGAUUUAUUGGUCGAAAAUUUCAUGAGUCGAUUGCAAAUUAGGCUUUUUUGUAUUGUAGAUCUGAUGAGAUUUUUAAAUAUUCACUAUUGAAAAAAAUUGCCCGUGAACUCAAUGAGUUUAUAAUUUUAAUACGGAUUUAUAUUUGAAUAAUACUGAUGGAAAGUAUGCGUACAUUUUGUAUGGUUAACGAACAUUGGAUUCAUUCAUUUACUGGUCUGAAGUUGGGUAUGAAUGCUGUGUGGAAUAACUUCAUACCAGUAAGGAGAUAGGGGAUUUACUAUAUACCAAUAAAUGUUAUUAGCCAGUGUUUAAUAUGAAAUUUUUGGAACUGAGGUCAAAUAAUAAUUGAAUCAAAUACUGGUUAACAGGUUUUGUGGUAAAUCCCUUUUGUGUCGUACAGACGGAUAUAGUCUUUGUAGGGAAGUGUUUCAUCGAAUGUUUUCGAAUAGUGAAUUAUGGAAUUAAAUUAGGAUAGAGUACUUAGAGAUGUAACAGAUAUUAAAAAUAUUGAUUGCAAAUCGAACCUUAUACCUUUUCAUAUAUUAACUAUAUUGCUUAUACUCUUUUUAUAAUAAUAAUGCCUACUGGUGCUUGGAAGUCAUGAAGCUAAGAUAACAUUAAGUAUUUGUUACAUCUCUAUUAAAAUGUGUGAAAUAAAUCCCAUUCGAUUUAGUAUUGCAUUGAAUUCUAAAGUAAUGUAUUUGUAGUGAUUCGAGUCUAUAGGGUUAAAGGAAGUUAUUGUGUUGAACUUGAAAGGUUUUUAUCGUGUUGGCCAUGUACCAUGCAACAAUACUGCAACAUGACGCUCAACAUAAGGCUGUUGUCAGUAGCGAUGGAAAUGUGACACGUUGUGACGUACGUGUCAAUUGUAUUGUUAAAUGUCAAAUGUUGUCAGUUCUCAACGCCGUGUUUAAUGUUGAGCAAUUUUGUAUGCUUUGUGAGUACAUGGCUAAGUUUUAACAGGCUGACAUAGCAAUUGCAACCGAUAAUCGUUGGUUCAUUUUAUACUAAGGCAAUUAUGUACAGCCUAACUAAUAAUUUAUAAUUUCAUUCAAAAUUCAACCUUUAACAAUCAAAUUGGCAAAUCUUUAACAUUUAAUGAAAAAAACACGAUAAAUUACUAAAAGUCUCGUUCAAAAGUGGUUUUGAAAUAAUUGUAAGAUGUUAUAUGUAGUGUACGAAAGCGUUAACUGGUAUUUAUAAGGUUUAGUGGAGUGGACGUGAGUCAAUAACAGAUAUAUUUAUUACCACACCGUGACUCUUAUAUCAGUGGCCAUAACGGUUAUUUUUGUUUACACCGGUUCGUCUCAUGUGACUGCAUCGAUUUAUCAUUUACCGAUGUGCCCUGAUCGAAUAGUAUUGUAAUAAGAAGGCAAUAUGUGAUUAUUUAUAGCGAAUAAUUUAAACCAUAGUUAAAGUAAAUUAGUCAAACGAGUCGUGUAUUGGGAUUUUGCAGUUGAAUUGUAAUAUCUGUUAUAUCAAGCACUUGAAAUAGUUUAUUCUAGAUUGUUUGUAUACAGCAUAAUUAAGACGUUCGGUACAUUUUUCCGAUUUUUCUUUAACUUUUGUGUCAUAAUUAGGAUUUCUUAUUGUUGCGUUGCCACAUAUCUACUAGCUAGUGCUCGUGGCGUCGCUUGCGUAAACCUUUCCCGCUACAAAAGUCUAUAAAACACUAGCGAUUCAUACCGACACCUGACUGCCAACGCCAUCUACUCUAAUGAUCGGAUUAGAAAAUGCCAUUGUUACUCAUGGAAGCAAAUUAUGGGGAUAAAAAUAACCUAUGUGUUAAUCUAGGACAUCCAAACCAUCCAAAUAUUUUCACAAUUUUUUCCACCCUUUCCUAUUAUUAAACAAGGUCGUCCACCAUAUAUGUAUGUAUGAACGCGAUAAACUCAAAAAUUACCAAACGGAUUUAGAUGUAAUUUGACAUGGAGAUAGUUUGAGACCUUGGGAAGGAUAUAGGCUACUUUUUAUCUCGAAAAACUCUCACUCGUGUAAAGCUGCAAGCAAAAUCUUGUUUAUAAUUUUAGCAAGAAAGAUAAGAUUCUAUCCCCCAAGCAAGUUAACAGUAUAGUUAUUUCAUCUACUGAAUACAUGGCUUAAAACAAGGACUGCAAUUCUUAUACCUUUAUAAACUAAACUUGAUGCUCUACUAAGUGUGUUUACAAAACAAAGAUUCGUUUCGUUAAUGUUACUUUGUAUUAGUCUGGAGUGUAUUCGCGUGGUUUUAAAGAUGAAAUAGAUGAUUAUUUUGCACUGGAUCGGAGGUUAUGUAACGUAAGAAAACAUUUUUACUGUAGGAGAGAUAUAGUUGCCUUUACAUAUAAAAUAUAUUCAAAUAUAUAAUGGAUCAGUCGAUUCGGAAUAGGGGAUGUUGUGGGAUGUGCUGAGAAUUAAAAAUAUAUGCGUGUCCAGUCACUAACAGCUGAUCAAACUCGAUAUUUCAAAUCACCUAUAAAAUUUUAUGACAGUAUGAAUAAUAGUAUUUUUCAUAAAAAAAACAUUGGGUUUACUUAAUUUUUUUUUUAAAAAUAAAGAUGUUUCGUUUGAAAUCAAUGUAAAGAAGCGUGUUAUUUUGAAAUUAUUCUGCUACUUUUGUGGUUAACUGUACAUAAACGGAUAUUAGUAUUUAUAAAUUAUAUUGGAAAAAAUAAUUAAUGCCUUGUGAUUUAGUCCUAGCAAAUUUAUGGCAUCAUGAUUUUACUGUAAAAAUAUUUUGUGUAACAAAUUUGACCGAGACCACGAAUAUAAUACAACGCCCUUCUGAUAUUAUAGAAUACUAAAUUGACGCAAAGUCUAAACGUAUAUAAUAAAAUAUAAUAAUAUAACUCUAGCUGUUAUAAGAAAUUCAUGCGCGUGAGUUGAAUUGAACAUUAGGCAUUAUUAUAACCAGAUCUUUAGCGAUAUUUCUUUUUUUAUGAUUCAUAGAAAAAUAUCUCGGUACAUAACCUAUUUCGAACCGCGACUGAUCAAAACUCUAAAGCAUAUAUAAAAUAUUGUAUAAUGCUAUGAAAAUGUACAGUUCGAGCCCAUAUCUAUAGCAAAUAUGUACCUAAUGUUAGAGAAAUAGUGAAAUCACAACCAAAGACUGCCUAACGAAAUCUGGUUAAUGAGGUCAGCGCUGGGAAACGGAGGGGCGAUGGGAGUUUCAACUUUAUGUCCUUUUACUUAGGGGUGAUUGUAGUGUAGCGGAAAACCACGCACAUAGAUUCAUGCCGCAAGGUUUUUCGGUUUUGUUGUAAUAUCAACCUCAAGUAAAAGAUGUAAGGUUGACUUUUAAUUAUCAAAAUCAAUUUCUCUUCACCACUCUGGUUACCUUCGCUGAUCUAUAGUUUGAUCUUCCUUCAGAGUUUUAUUAUAGUCGGGCUGGAGUGAAUUCCCUCUUGUUUGUCGUUUAUGGAUAGAGGGAUCCUCCAGUCUUUAGUCUAUUCUGAGGGCAUUGAGUAAACUCGAAGAGUUAUCGAUAAGUGGCAAUUAAAGUGAUGUAAGUAUGCAGUUGUAAAUAUAUGUCGAUAAUUUUAGAUGCUCGUUUUUUUGUUUUAAUAAUAUCUACAUUCUACAAUUCUAAUGAAAAAAAAAACUAAAAUUAUCUUUUUUUUCAUGUGUAGCAUGUACCAGAUAAUUUAUUUUCACAUUCACAAAAGUUUUAACUAAAAAAAUGCCCAAGACAUAAUAAACAAUUUCGUACUUACAUCACUUUAUAGGGAGCACGACAUAUAUCAAUUUAUAUGUAAUCUGCCGCUAAUCCUGUGAAAAUCUUCGUAAAUUCUUUCGCUGCAUUGCCCUUAUUAAAUCUAAAAAACGACUGGCUCUUUCUAACUAUUCAUAAGUCGAUGUAAGGAAACAAUAGCAAUAAAUAGAAUAAGUGGAAAACUCGCAAUUAUAAUAUAUAAAUUAUUGCCUUCAGAAUAGACAUUAAGGUUUUCGGUAGAUACCUAUAAAGAGUUAUAUUACAAGUAAGGAAUUAUUGAAGGCAUAUUAUAUACCAAAUAUUGUAGAUUCGGAAUUAGAUGUAGGCUCAGUAGAUACAGUAGUUCUGAUAUUUCAUGGUUUAAUGUGAUCGGUUUGAACUGCAAUUAAAUAUUCUUUUCUAUACUCUGGCAACAUUUUAAAUAAAAAACACAAAGUUACUCUCAUAUUUAAUUGAUAGAUGGCGCUUCAUACGUCAUUUUUGAAAACGGAAUGAUUACAUUUAUAAUUUUAUUUAAGACCACAGUUAACUUCAGUCGGUAUUGAUUAAAAAUUUGGAUUGAAAAUUUUUUUGAGAUUCAUUGUAUUUAAACACCUAUAAUAUUUUUUGUAAACAAUAAAAUAUAUUUCGGUUUGACGUCGAUACAUUGUAAGAUUAUAUCUAAAACGAGUAAAAUCAGUAGCAUUUGAAGGUCUAAAUGUUAUUAGUUCCUGAAACUAAAGGAUAUUGAGUUUUAAUAUGAGUUUUGUGAUUUCUAAACUUUAAUCUUUCGUAGAUGUUGAAAUAUCAAUAGAAAUUGAAUAUAUCUGCCUAUAACAUUCAGCUACAUUAUGACCGUUCUGAACGUAGUCACAUUACAUUAUUUAUUGACGAACUUCAGGCUAUGUGAACUCGUGACUAACUACAAACAGUCCUGGAGUCUCGGAUAUUUUUAAUAUAUAAAUCUGAAUAACACAUGACAUAUUUACACUUGUGAUCGAAUGCAGCUUCGUAGAUUAAGAGAUACAUUAUCUUGCCUUGUUGCAAUUAUAUUUUUCUUAACGCGUUUCGUUGGAGGUCGAUAGCUGUUGAGGUGUAAUAUAUACCAAAAUAUAAAAAGUAUCGAAAA